GCAUGCCAUGACAUAUAUUUUUGUUUCUUCAGUGCGGAAUUUUUUUUGUUGAAUUAUGAGAAGUUUUGAUUGGCUACUAUUCUCUAAACAUUGAAAUAUAUAAUCACACAGAAAUCAAAAAGUUUUUCUGUCCGCAAUUGUGCGAGCAAAAUGGAGAAAAUUUUCCAAAUAAAGGUAGAAGAACUUGUAAUAUUUGACACUUUGCCUGCGGAAGAGGAAACUGCCUUCGAGGGCAACGAUAUGUGCUCUGGCGAAAACACAGGUGUGAUACAACCUGUGACGGAUAUCAGUGAUGUAGUUAAGACCACAGCAGCUUGUAGUGGGAAAGCAGCUUCGAGCUCCAGCAGAAAGGACAACCUGGAAAAUCAUAGCAGAACGAGCAGAACUCACACCGGGGAACGUCUCUUUGCAUGUAAAAUCUGUAACAAAACAUUCAGUACUCCUAGAAAUCUACGAUAUCAUAUAAAUACUCAUACACGUGACUUUGAGUGUGACAUAUGUGGAGGACGUUUCCCCUUUAAAAAAAGAUUAUCAUCCCACAUGAAUAUACACCGCAUAGAUUGCCCACAUCAGUGUCGAAUAUGCGAUAAAAAAUUCCCAAAUACGCACGAUCUCGCAGAUCAUAUGCCUCGGCACACUAAAGAACGACCCUUUAAAUGCACAACCUGUAGCAGAUCGUUCAAGAGAUCCAGAGGAUUGAAGUUUCAUGUUAACAAAUUCCACACGGCCGGUCCCUCCUUAAGUUUGAAACCGAGGAACCGCACUUGGAAACUACCUUUCGCUUGUGAUUUUUGCAGCAGAACAUGCAGCACACCUGAACGUUUGCACCACCAUAUGAGUGCUCAUACAGGAGACCGGAACUUCGAGUGUGACAUAUGCGGACGACGAUUUAGCUUCAAAGGUUAUUUAUCGUCUCACAUGAGAAAACACCGGACAGAUUGCCUGCAUAAGUGCCUGAAGUGCGAGAAAAGUUUUACUACUCAGCUUCGUCUCGAAGACCAUAUGCACAGUCACAGCGAUAAGCGACCCUUCAAAUGUGACAUUUGCGACAUAUCAGUCAAGAGAUCGACAGCUCUUAUGCGUCAUAUGAAAAUGGCCCACAAUGUCGAUCACCUCCCAAGCAACGCGGAGAGUUUGGAAAAAAAUCGGACUGAUAACAGCCGAAGCGAAUCUAAAGCAAAAUACAGCUGCGACAUAUGCGGUAAACAGUAUUCACGCAAAAGUUCUCUUCGCUUACAUCUGGAACUCCAUCAGAGCACUGUUGUGAGAGCCAGACGGCAAUUCCAAUGUGAAAUCUGUAACGAAGCAUUCACACAAGAAUCAACAUUAGCGCGACACAUUGCAGAUCACAGCACAAAGCGACACAAGUGUAAGAUUUGUGGAAAAGGAUAUGCUCGCGCACAUUGGCUCCUACUGCAUAUGACUUCUCAUACAGAGGAAAUACCUGUUAAUUGUGAUAUUUGUGAUAUAUCAUGUCAGUCAGCUAAAGCUUUGAUAGAACAUAAAAUAACGCACACCACAGAAAGGCUGCAUAAAUGUGAAAUCUGUGGGAAAGGAUUUCCACGUUCUCAAAAUCUCAUGAAGCAUAUGAGGUGCCAUACUGCAGAACGGCCUUUUAAAUGUGAUGAUUGCGGGUCCGCAUACAAGUCACCUAUUGGUUUGAGAGAGCAUCAGAUAAAGCACGGCUUUGAGAGUCGACAUAAAUGCGAAAUUUGUGAAAAUAGUUUUGUCAGUCCUGGACGGCUCAAACUGCAUAUGACUAGUCAUACUGAAGAACGACCUUUUAAGUGUGAUAUUUGCGGGUCCGCCUAUAAGGUAGCUGGUAGUUUAAAAGUACAUCAAAAUAAGCACACCACUGAGCAGCCAUGCAAAUGCGAAAUUUGCGGGAAACAGUUUUUAUUUCCUUCUCACAUGAAGGAGCAUAUGCUUCGCCAUACUAAUGAACGGCCUUUCAAAUGCAAUAUAUGCGAUCGACCAUUUAAGUCACCCUAUAAAGUGAAAAUGCAUAAAAGAAGAUGCCAUGGAGAGUGGCCUAGUUGAUCGGUUUAGGUUGUUUGCUGUUGAGAAUGGCGCGAUGCGAUAGUUGAGUUUCAAUAUACAGGACAAGACAUGCGUUAUUUGCCAUCAAGUAGAAUUAUUCACAGUCUGAUUGACGAGUAGUAAUUUAAUAUUGAUAAGUUAAUAGUUAAUAAGUUUAGCAACACAAACUGAGCAUUUAAAUAAGGGCUCAUUAACCCAGAGUACACCAAAUAAAAUUUAGGGGAUAAUCCCUGGACAAAUUUUCUCAACUCAGUAA